GGAGGCUUUGACCCUUCUGCUCGACACUUUUCACAACGAAGCCGAGUCCUUCCUUCUGUCAGAGGCGGAGCUACCGCUGCACGUCGAGCGCCUUGUCCAAUCAGUGAAGGCGCUCUGCAGCUCAUUAGCAGCCGUGGAAACGCCUGAUGUGACCUCUGCCCUCAACCAGCUCCCAGCAUGCCCCUGUCGCUUGCAGCCCAAAGUCCUGAAGGAUGCAUCAGUGCUCGCCAUCAGAGAGAACAGAGAUAAAGUGGUGGAGAAGUUGACGGCAGCUAUCUUGGAUUUGGUGGAGCUGUACUGCAGCACGUUUAACGCCAACUUCCACACGACGCCGCAGAGUCAGUGCUGCACAGCGCCGGUCCAGGAGGCCGGCCUCGUCACUAACGUGCUGUCCUUCAACGUUUACGCCGCCCACAGGAUCCCCAUCACCUGGGCCGCCAGUUACGAAGGUUUCUUCCUGUCCUGCUCUCUGACUCAUGGAGGGGUGGAGCUCUGUGCGCCACAGCACACCAGCAAACAGGCGGUCAGCAAAUACCUGUUCCACCUGGUGGUGUGGGACCAGAGGGUGUGCUUCCCGGUGCAGAUCAACCAGCUCCCGCGAGAGUCUCAGUUGACGGUGACGCUGUUUGCCAGCUCUCUGCCCCCCCCUGUAGGAGCUGAGGACAAAGGGAAGCAGCGUCGCAGCAUCGAGGCUCUCGGUUGGGUCACCAUGCCGCUCUUCAACUUCAGACAUGUCCUGACAUGUGGAAGGAAGUUACUGGGCCUGUGGCCUUCGACCCCAGGGAGGAGCGGAAAUGCUCGAACGAGUUCACCCAACUUCAGCCAACCAGACAGUGUGAUUGUGCAGGUGGACUUUCCCACCUCUUCUUUCGAGGUUCGCUUCAGUACUCCUCCUCCGGCAGACUUCUGUCCUCAGUACGACUUCUCCAGACUGGACACCAUCACUCAGAUCCAGCUGCAGGACGUCCUUCACAAGAAGGCUGUCUUCUGGUUAACGGCGGAGGAUAAGCGUCUCCUGUGGGAGAAGAAGGCCUUCUGUCAGUCUGAGAGUGCAGCUCUGCCUCUGGUUCUUGCCAGCGCCCCCUGCUGGGAAUGGGCCUGUCUGCCUGACAUCUACGCUCUGCUGAGACAGUGGGCCUGCCUGGGUCACCUGGACGCUCUUGGACUCCUCCAUGCUUCGUUCUCGGACCAGGAGCUGAGGAGGACGGCCGUCCAGUGGAUGGACUCCAUCUCAGACCCAGAGUUGCUUGACUUCCUGCCUCAACUUGUCCAGGCUCUGAAGUACGAGUGUUACCUGGACAGCUCUCUGGUUCGAUUCCUCCUGCGAAGAGCCAUCGGGGACAUUCGCAUUGCUCACUACCUCUUCUGGCUGCUGAAGGACAACCUGCAGGACAGUCAGUUCAGCGCUCGCUAUCAGCACCUACUGGCCGCUCUGCUCUGCUGUGUAGGUCGAGGUCUCCGGGACGAGUUUGACCGUCAGUGCUGGCUCGUCACCAUCUUCACCAAGGUGGCUCACAAAGUCCGAGACGCUGCGCCGUCCAGCAGACAGGUGAGGAGGACGCAGAUGUGACGUCAGGACUCAAC